AUGGUGUCUCCUCGAACUUUUCCAUUCGUUCGACCGCGGAGAAACUCCACAAAGCAGAAGAACAAGAAAGGAACUCGACUGCCACCGCCACUCAGACUCGAGGGCAGUUUCUUCCACUCUCAGGUCCGAAAAGAUAUUACUAUCCUGGGUCCGUUCCCCAUGGCCGUGCGAGGUAGUAUUUCAGAGUCAUUGGAGGACAAGGGGAACAAAGGGAACAAAGGGAACAAAGGGAACAAAGAGGACGAAUCGCACGAAGUACCACUCAAGAUGGAAGUAUCCAUCGCACAGGCCUCGUUUGAGGCAGCCAAAGAAUAUCUCGUUGAACGACCACCACCUUUAGAACCGACCAAGACCUUCAGACUGAUUGAAACAAACCAUCGUCAACGAACCUCACCUGAACCAUCUAUGCCAACUCGACCUGUUUCCCCUCAGGGAUCUCUACGCUCAAUCAUCAUUCUCGAUACACCUGGCUCCUCCGAUGACGAGGAGUCCGAUAUUUCGCCGUUAUCUGAUGACAGGCCAUCUGCUGCAUCGCGAUCUGGCGCAGCCCUCCGUCGAUUCUUCCCCGAAUUAUCCUCUAGCAAUUUCAACAUCGUGUCUCCGAUGAGUGCUGAUGCCGGUGCCGAUCAAAAGCACACGAGGCAAAUGGGGUUCCCAUCGAUUUUCGAGACCGAGCUCCAUGAGCGGAUCCACAAUAUCUAUAAGAACUCGACGGAUGUCAUCGAGAGCCCAUCCACCGACGUGGAUCAAGCUUUGGAGAGAAAGACUGGAUCGUCUUCGGGAUCGGGCUCGGAGGACGUGUUUGACUGUGCCUCGUCAUGCUAUAGUCGCCGCAGUUCCAUGAGCAGCGCGGAUACUGAAUGCUUCAGCCCGGCUACAAAGGAACUUGAUCGAUACUCUAUCCUCUCGCCCGUUGCAGCCGGUGUCUUUGAUGAUUCUGCUUCGGCAUGUCCCUCGCGAGCUGCAUCCUUUGCAUCGCGAGUGCCGUCAGACACGGCACCCAGCCCAGGCUACCCGGCAAGCUCAAUCUACUCGCCAACCUCAAUGCCGCCAUCUCGACGAGUUUCGAUCUCCGACAAACUGUCAUUGAACGAUAUCAAGAACAAGCCUCUCCCCCUCGAGCCCGUCCAAGAACCCAGUCCGUUGGCGAUUCGUCGCAAUGACCACACUCCGCCAUCUGCGACCACUGAAACCUCGCGAUCAACGGGAUUUCACUCGACCUACCAUCACCACAACUCGAGUCACUCAACCACCAGUCUACACUGGAAGCAAUCCGGGGCCCAGGCAUGUCAUAAAUGUGAAGGGUGUGGGCGGGGUAGCAUUGCAGACUCGAGUCGGGGCCGUCGCCCUGAGUGGUCAGAAGCCAGGAAUGGGCAGCGCAUGCGCCAUGUCCCAACUCUCGCACAAGCAGCAGAGGAAUUGGAAUUCGCGCUAGCCGACCUUGCCCGAGAUCCGCAUAUGCAGCAACGGACCCUGCUAGUGCUCGACGGACCGCUGCAGAUCAGUCGACACAAUGGUGAUCUAGUUGCAACUCGACCAGCACCACUGCCCCCCUCGACCAAGCCACACUCCAAAUCAUUUAAGAAGAGCAGGAUCAUCCACACAAAGGCCAAAUCGGUGGAAGAUGCCAUAGUGCCCCGGUCGGCCAGGUUCAAGUCUCUUCGGGCGACCAAAGAGAGAGCGUCUCCGGACAAGGAUUCCCAGAACAAAGACGAGGCCACCAACAACGAGGCCAAGUGGCCUUCCAACAAUUCUCCUUCCAACUUCAACUCUACCGACGAAGUUUCCAAGAUGGCCAAGAUGAAGAAAUCCUCCUUUACCCUGACGAUGCCAUCGUUCAAGCGCACGCACAACCCUCGGGUCCGGACUCUGCAAGAACCCCGUCUGAGCGUCGUACUGAGUUCACGGUCGGAAACCUCACUAGUCGACCCACACACCCCCGAUACCCACCUAGAAAGGCCCCCACGACAUUCUUCACACUCGGAUCCUAGUCUGGAUUUGGAUGAAGACUUGGACGAGGAUCUGGAUGCAGGCACGGCCUCCAAGCGCGACGAUCUGCUUCUGCAACUCCCGCGCCUGCAGACUCAAGAUCUGGGCUUCCAAAUCCCCUUUGAACCGCUCAGCAUCGAGAAAGAACUCCUGGCUCAAAUACAAACACAAACAAAGCAGCCACAAGCACCACCACCAAAGCAAAUGCAGGGGGCGGCCCCCUCGCUCUGCGCCCCCGGCCCCACGCCUCAAGUGCAACAUCACCAUCCCCACCCCGCGCAGGCCGCUUCGCUGAGUGGCGAUAACAAACGGUCAACUCUUCAGCUGCGCAUCACACCUCCGGAAGAUGAGAAAAUGCUCGUGGCCAGUGAACUCGUCGCCAGCGAAAGGCUGCGGCAUAUGCAUGCCUUUGUCUCGACGGCCCAGGCAAGCAGCGUGCAGCUGCCACCCGAGCAGAUCUACGAGCUCGCUGCAACGCCGCCCUCGCCGUCAUCCUCGAUGCCCGCCAUGUUCAUGGAGAGCUCGCAUAUGCCCGUCGACUUUCCCAUCGAAAUGCCAGAUCAUCUGGUCAUUCUGAUCAUGGGGCGGAUCGACUCGCUCGAUGACCUGUUCAAUUUCGUCCUCGUGAAUAAGCGGUUCUAUGAAAUCUUUAAGCGUCGCGAGCUUUUCUUUAUCAAGGGCGCACUAUUCCGCAUGUCGCCGCCCGCGUGGGAGUUGCGCGAGAUGAGUCCGCCGUGGAAGAAUGAGUGGCAGCUUUUGCUGGAGCCGGAUACCCCGCUGCCCGAGUAUACCCCGGAAUCGUACUUGGAUCGGUAUGCGUGUGAUAUUUAUACGUUAGCGCAGCUGAAAUCUAUGAUCUUGGUUCGCUGCUCGCCGUUCUUGCGUCGGGAUACAAUCAAGGGUCUCUCUGGCGUCGACCUUGUUCGCGCAGAGGAAGUUGAUGAUGCCUUUUGGCGGAUUUGGACUUUUUGUCGUAUCUUCGGCAGUGGCAAGGGUCGCGAAAAUGAUUUGGAGGGUCAGAUGGAUUGGUUGAAGGGUGGGCCAAAAGCCCGAAGCUCAUUCGGAGCGUCCUCCACGGUGACCGAGCCUUUUGGCAUGAACAAUGUGCUAUUUGAGCCACCCGAGGGUUUCGCUCGUGGAAACAGCGUCACUGGCCUUUCUGCCACGCAGCUGUACGAUAUGACGGAGAUCUGGACCUGCCUGGGAGUGUUGUUGCAGCCUUUACACGGCAAGUGUGUCCAGGCUAGAAACGCUGGCAUUUUCCAAGGACUGGAUAUUCCCGAAGGUGAUACCGUUCGCGAAGAAACUGCACUAGAGGAGUGGACAUCUUACGUGCUUACUCUUGGGCUCUCUGCUGUCUUGACUCUCAGCUCGCUGUGCCCCGCCGAAGCCACCACCGCCACCUUCACCAAGGCCCAAUCCAACGGCCUGACGAAAUGGGAGCCCACGGAAACCGAAACCAGCCGUUCAUCUUUCCUGAAAGAAGCCGUUUCCCGCGUCUACGAAGAGCAAGAACGUUCCCUCGCAUCCUCCAGUCCCAAGGAGAUCGCCUACCCUCAACCUCAAUCCCUCCAGCGCCGCAAACAAUUCCAAGAAGAGCUACGCACUCGUCGCCUACGCGGUCCUCCAAGCCGCGAGGGUGCGCCAGGUACAUCUUUCGCCGAUGAGCGACCCAUGUCAGAGUUUAGCACGAUCGUGCACAAUCUCGAUGGCACGAUACCCCGGGACGCACCGCCCGUUCCACCUCUAUCAUUCAACCGACUCUCCUCCUCCACAGCCAGCAUCGGGCCCCGAACCCCCAGCCGCACCCCACCGCGCUCCUUAACCCCCGAAUCAAACCUCCCCAUCCCCCGCAGCCCGCCCCUCCAACCAGUUCUCGCGCCCCCACCCCUCCGUCCACAGGUUCAAGACCCCGUUGAUCGGGCGAUCGCCCACAUGGUCAACGAGCUGGGCUUUAACCCGGAUGAUGUCAAGUGGGCGUUGAAGAUCACUGAUACCGGCGAGGGCAUUGAUGUUGAUGCUGCGGAGGAAUUGCUUAAGCAGCAGAAGCGGAAGAAUGAGCGGAAUCCUUUUGCCCCGCGUGGUAAGGAUAGUUUGCUCAAGUCUGUGAUGAAACGUCAGGGCUCGCAAGAUUCGGGCUGGCGCUUUGUUUGA